AUGGCUGAAGAGGCGGACACUUAUGUCGAUGUUGAUGCUAAAUGCGGUGGGGACCAUGGAGAAGUGAAAUCUGAGUCAUGUGAUGAUGGAAUUCUUCAGAACCCACAUGGGGACCUAGUGAUGGGUAGAUAUGGUGGUGACGUCGAAGCGAUUACAAUGGGUGUUAAACCACCGGUAAACAAUACAGUGGAAACCAACCUCUGUUCCUCGCAAGUGACGAAUCCAACUGUACAUGCAACGGCAUCCACUGAAUCUCAACCUUCAGUUCAAGAUGAAAAUCGUCCUGAGGAGCCAAUUGUGACUAAACCAACCGAAAAUCUUGAGGAUCUCAGUCGUUUGGCAAUGUUCGGUAAGCAGCGAACAGUACUCCGUCGAUCUCAAAUCAGACCUGAGGCAGCAGGGACGGGAGCCGCAGCAGCUCCGUCGGAAAGCCAUACAUCGUCGGCCCGGCGCACCCCGAUUCGCGAAACACCUACUCGAAGUGCACGUCCGCCACCUGUUGCCAACGCCAGGGCUUCUAAUAAUCAGCGAAAUGAUCCUGUGUUGAGCGCAAGAGCUCGUUUAACGCCGUCAAGUAUUAGAAGUACACUGAAUCGGCCUAAUAUACGUGCAGAAGGAAAUAAGCCGGGCCCAGUACGAGUCACUUCUAAUGCGAAUCAGGAUGUUGUGCGUGCACCAUGCGCUUCUAGCCAAUCGGUCACGUCUCAAACUGGAUCGACUGUGCGGCAGCACCACAACCUACCUGGCGGGCCAGUUACUCGCUCGCGUUCAAAAGAGCUUGUGAUAAGCUCUCAAUCUGAAACGACGAACAAGACUGAAACAGUUAAAUCUGAUCCAGUGGCGAAACUCGCAGCUGGUGUCCGUGAAAUUAGGAUGGGAAGUGAACGUCUUGCACGAGAUAGAGCUCCACGUACAACCACAAGCAGCGCUUCGGCUAGAAAUUCGCAACGCGCUGCUCCAGUGCGAAUAGGACGUCCGCAAGUUAGAGAUGCCUUUCUUAACAAUGCUGCUGUUCCAAGUGAAAGUCAAUUCCGCCGUGACCUAGUAAACCGUGUUUCAAGUUUGGGACCGAACCAGCGCGGUUCAACUUCGACUCCGAAGGAUGACGAUAAGGGACCUUCAGUUGCUUCAGUUCCCACAAAUAAAGGCCAGGAAAGGGCAAGCUCUUCAAGACUACCAAUACGUCGUGGUUCCUCUAGCGCAGGUCCCCCUACCCACCGUCCAGUCGUACGUCCACCAAGCGUCACACGUCCGGUACAUCCUCCCAGUGUUGCACGAGCUUCAAGUGUGCCUCGCGCAACAAGCGCGCCUCGUGCCCCGAGCGUGCCUCGUGCCACAAGUGUGAAUCGCCCCGCAAGUGUGACUCGUGUUCCAAGUGUGACUCGACCGUCAUCUGUAGCACGCCCAGCUUCUCGCACUGACAGCAUCAGCCGUUCUCAUCGUCCCCCUAGCGUUACUCGCCCGCAUUUCCCGGAUACCUCGAAACAGCGAGUUCCUCCUCAGUCUGGAAUCCCCAGUGAUUCAACACGCACGUCAAGAGCUCCAGUCUCCAUAGCUGCUACAACGAGGAGUACUACUACUGCAAAGGGCGCAACUCCAUCACAGCACUCCGUACGGCAUAACGAGAACUCGCAUCCACUGAAGCCUCGAUCGUCUGUAAUACGCUCCUCACCCGUCCCAACGAAAAAUCCGGGCGAUGGGACACCGUUGCGUGGUUUCUGUGCGGAACUUCGACGUUAUCCCGCCCCCUCGACUGGUUCAACAACAAACUCUGCGGUAUCAGUGUCGACAAAGACCCUUUCGAAAGAGGAAGAACGCGCUUUGGUUACUCGCUUAGCUGCUCCUAAGAAAACUGCCACUACAACCCCAGUCAAAAUAAGCAACCUUCAGACUCACGGACUAAGCUGUGUUAAAAUUCGCAGUCGAUCCAUCUCCACAACGCGACGACCUUCGUCGGCUCUCAGCAGUGGUGACGUCCCCACUUCAUCUCGCAUGCUCACCUUCUCUGGAACGGAC